ACCUUUAGAUGUUUGUUUAGAAAUUAUGUGGUAUGUUUAAAAUUUGUGUCUGAGAAUAAAUAUUUUAAAAUAUGCAUUUUAGGCUUGAAGUUGAAAAUGCCGAGUUAAAAGUUACAGUCAAGGAGCAAGCAGGCCAAAUUGAACAGCUUCAGAAAGACCUGUUAAGUUCAAGUUCGUGUGGUGAUGAAAACCUUUUGCAGUUCAGGUUGGAUCAAGAAGCGAAGAAAAAUGAGGAAUUGGAAAAAGAGAAUACUGGGCUUAAGAACCACUUAAUAAACAUGUUAAGAAGGAUAUUAAGUAAAUAUGAAAAUGGAGAGCUUCCUUUCUAUGGAGAUUUAAAAACCAGUCAAACGGAAAUGGAAAUUCAGAUUAAUAUGCUAAGACAGAAGAGACAAGCAGCAUCUCAAGAAAACUUAGAGCAGUUAAGAGCAAGUCAUGAUGCUUCAAUAAGCAGUCAAGUGGCACUCAGAAUUAAAGAGCUGGAAUCUGAACUUCAAUCCCAAAUAAGAAAUUCUCAGGAACUUAAAAUAGAAUUGGAAAAGUACAGGCAACUCUACCUAGAAGAAUCAGAAAUGCGAAUGUCAUUGACAAAAAAACUGAGCAAGACUAAUGAGAGGCUGGCAGAUAUCAGUACCAAAUAUCUGGUGGAGAGACAGCAGAACAGACCUUUCCACAGCACUCUUACUAUGGGACCAGUCUUGGAAGGGCCUUCUGUUGGAAAUUUGACUAGUAGUUUACUGCUGGAUAGAAAUGUUACUCCAAGAGAAAAUGUAAUGAUUCCUACCUCAAGGCCGCAGACUUCAGUUAGCAGCAUUGAAACUCACUUGUUCAAGUUGCUCAUGAUUGAGAAUCAGGAUUCUGUAGAUCUUCUCCUUUAGGACCUACUGACGAAUCAAAUGUAAAUCAAGAUCUAGUACUGCAAGCAUCACGAGAAUAUGUAGAGAUUUUGAAUAGAAAGUAUAUGAUCUGAAAGCUAUAUAGUAAAAGUUUAUUACCUAGAUGUUUAAUAUAACAUUUUAAUUGUUUCCCAGUAAAUAUCUGAUGUACAAAAAAUCUUUAUUAAAGGAAAUGUUGUUAUAUCGUG